AUGUUCGCUCGCACCGUUCUGCAUGCGAGGUCAAGUCAGUUUAGAAACCCCCGCAUAUACAAACAUGCUACACUUCAGCGUCGUCAACUCUCCAUUUUAGAGCCCCUCGCCUCUGGAAUAAUAGAGACGGGCCAUAUUAUCUCAUCCUUACCCUUGCCCGCAUCAGUACCUCACUACUCGUGUGCGAUCAUCGGAAUAACCCUUGCACUAAGAAUGGGCAUAACUCUGCCCAUGGCCCUUUGGAGUAGGGCACGGGCAUUUCGUCGUGAACAUCUCGUCGGUCCCGCACUUAAAGCAUGGCGCGAGAAGGCCAAGGUCGAGGUCGGAAAGGCGUUUGCGCGAGACCGUAAACCGUAUGAAGAGUACAAAGAAGAGAUGGGUCGUCUGCAAGUGGCCAAAAUCAAGGAGCUAAACAAGAUUCACCGUUGCUCUCCUAUUCCCACGAUGAUAUUACCAUUUGCAGUUCAUGCGCCUCUGUUUAUCAUGGCGACCGCGUCAUUUAGACAUGCAGCACUCAUGUCAUACGCACCCGUGAAUCCGCUCGCGUCCGAGUCGUUCUUAACUCUCCCUUCGUUGGCACAAGUAGACCCAACAGGAGUGCUUCCCAUUGCGAUCGGUCUUAUCAUGUUUUCUAACAUUGAGCUUGGUCGACUUUCUCGCCCUGCCAAAACCACCCCAAACCCGUUCCUACGGGCAGCUCUUCAAAUCCAACCGAGGAGAAAGCGUUGA